CGCGCCAGGCCCCGCCCCGGCCCUCCGCGGAGCCCCGCGCGCGAGCAGCCGCCCGGAGCUGCCCGUGGUUGUCGCGCCCGUGCGGCUCGCGUUCCCCCGUCCCGAGCGCGGCGACCCGGCGGCGGAAAGUGCAUACUUCCUUCCCGCGCGCACAGCCUGCGUUCGGCCGGGCAGAGUCCGCCGCCGGGGACUGAGGAUGGGGGAGUAGCUGCAGAAGGCGACCCCCCCCACACCGAGAUCAACAUUUUGAGACAAUUUUGUGAUGCUUGAUUCACGCUCGGAGUAAUGUGGACCGACGUUCUCAAACUUGGAUAUUAUGUCAACUUGAACCAGCGGGGAAUCUUAAUGUUCGCUUAAAUAAGAACUUGUAUAAGAAAAAGAAUGGGAGUCUGGUUAAAUAAAGAUGACUAUGUCAGAGACUUGAAAAGAGUCAUUCUCUGUUUUCUAAUAGUGUAUAUGGCUGUUUUAGUGGGCACAGAGCAGGAUUUUUACAGUUUACUUGGAAUAUCCAAAACUGCAAGCAGUAGAGAAAUAAGACAAGCUUUCAAGAAAUUGGCAUUGAAGCUACAUCCUGAUAAAAACCCGAAUAACCCAAAUGCACAUAGUGACUUUUUAAAAAUAAAUAGAGCAUAUGAAGUACUCAAAGAUGAAGAUCUGCGGAAGAAAUAUGAUAAAUACGGAGAAAAGGGACUUGCAGAUAAUCAAGAAGGAGGCCAAUAUGAAAGUUGGAAUUAUUAUCGUUAUGACUUUGGUAUUUAUGAUGAUGAUCCUGAAAUCAUAACAUUGGAUAGAAGAGAAUUUGAUGCUGCUGUGAAUUCUGGAGAGCUGUGGUUUGUGAACUUUUAUUCCCCUAGAUGUUCACACUGCCAUGAUCUAGCUCCCACAUGGAGAGACUUUGCUAAAGAGGUGGAUGGCUUACUUCGAAUUGGUGCUGUUAACUGUGGCGAUGAUAGGAUGCUUUGCCGAAUGAAAGGAGUCAACAGUUAUCCCAGCCUCUUCAUCUUUAGGUCUGGAAUGGCUGCAGUGAAAUAUCAUGGUGACAGAUCAAAGGAAAGUUUAGUGAGUUUUGCCAUGCAGCACGUUAGAAGCACAGUUACAGAAUUAUGGACAGGAAAUUUUGUUAACGCCAUACAAACUGCUUUUGCUGCUGGUACUGGCUGGCUGAUUACUUUUUGUUCCAAAGGAGGAGAUUGUUUGACGUCACAGACGCGUCUAAGGCUUAGUGGCAUGUUGGAUGGUCUUGUUAAUGUAGGAUGGAUGGACUGUGCCAGCCAGGACAACCUUUGUAAAAGUUUGGAUAUUACAACAAGUACUACUGCCUAUUAUCCUCCUGGAGCCACUUUAAAUAACAAAGAGAAAAGCAGUAUUUUGUUUCUUAAUUCAUUGGAUGCUAAAGAAAUAUAUUUGGAAAUAAUGCAUAAUCUUCCAGAUUUUGAACUACUUUCGGCAAACACAAUAGAGGACCGUUUGGCUCAUCACCGAUGGCUCUUAUUUUUUCAUUUUGGAAAAAAUGAAAAUUCAAAUGAUCCUGAGUUGAAAAAACUGAAGACUCUACUUAAAAAUGAACAUAUUCAAGUUGGCAAGUUUGACUGUUCCUCUGCACCAGACAUCUGUAGUCAUCUCUAUGUUUUUCAGCCAUGUCUAGCAGUAUUUAAAGGACAAGGAACCAAAGAAUAUGAAAUUCAUCAUGGAAAGAAGAUUCUAUAUGAUAUACUCGCCUUUGCCAAAGAAAGUGUUAAUUCUCAUGUUACCACACUUGGACCUCAGAAUUUUCCUGCUGAUGACAAAGAACCAUGGCUUGUUGAUUUUUUUGCCCCUUGGUGUCCACCAUGUCGAGCUUUAUUGCCAGAGCUGCGAAAAGCAUCAAAACAUCUUUAUGGUCAGCUCAAGUUUGGUACACUAGAUUGCACAGUUCAUGAGGGACUCUGUAACAUGUAUAAUAUUCAGGCUUAUCCAACAACAGUGGUAUUCAACCAGUCCAACAUUCAUGAAUAUGAAGGACAUCACUCUGCUGAACAGAUCUUGGAGUUCAUAGAGGACCUUAUGAAUCCUUCAGUGAUCUCCCUGACACCCACCACUUUCAAUGAGCUAGUUAAACAAAGAAAACAUGAUGAAGUCUGGAUGGUUGAUUUCUAUUCUCCAUGGUGUCAUCCGUGUCAAGUCUUAAUGCCAGAAUGGAAACGAAUGGCCCGGACAUUAACUGGACUGAUCAAUGUGGGCAGUAUAGACUGCCAACAGUAUCAUUCUUUUUGUGCCCAAGAAAAUGUUCGGAAAUACCCUGAGAUAAGAUUUUUUCCCCAAAACUCAAAUAAAGCUUAUCAGUAUCAUAGUUACAGUGGUUGGAAUAGGGAUGCUUAUUCCCUAAGAAUCUGGGGCUUAGGGUUUUUGCCUCAAGCAUCCAUAGAUCUAACACCUCAGACUUACAGUGAAAAAGUUUUACAAGGAAAAAAUCAUUGGGUCAUUGAUUUUUAUGCUCCUUGGUGUGGACCUUGCCAAAAUUUUGCUCCAGAGUUUGAGCUCUUGGCCAGGAUAAUUAAAGGAAAAGUGAAAGCUGGCAAAGUAGACUGUCAGGCUCAUGCUCAGACUUGCCAGAAGGCUGGUAUCAGAGCCUAUCCAACUGUUAAAUUUUAUCCCUAUGAAAGAGCAAAGAGAAAUACUUGGGGAGAGCAAAUAGAUGCCAGAGAUGCAAAAGAGAUUGCUACCUUAAUAUAUGAAAAACUAGAAAAUCUCCAAAAUCAUGGAAAGAGAAAUAAGGAUGAGCUUUAAUGAUGAAGAUGAAGAAAAAAUCAAAAAGAAAUUCUGACAAGUGAUAUCAGAAGAUAUUUUUUUAGAAUGUUACUGCAUCUUGAUGGGAAUAAAUGAACAUUAUCUUGGA